AUGUGUCGACGUGUGAGUUUUUCUUCUUCAGAAGAGGCCGUGAACUGCUUCGGCGGCGAAAGCGGGCCGAGUAGGCUCGGGGGCCGAGCCUGGUGCGGCCCGCUACGGCCCAUUCCCUCGACGACCGUCGACCGAGCCGCCGUGACAAGUCCAAACUGGACGAACUCAUUUGACCGAACACAUCUCCAUCGCCAUGAGAAGAUCACCAUAGCACUGGACAACCUCCCGAUCCCGAGCAGCUCCGAUUGGAAGGCCGCCGUGGCGAGAUCCCGCGCGGGCAGGGCCUCGAUGGGACCGCCGCCGUCCAGGCUGCCCCUGCUGGCCGCCCUCGUCGCGGCGGCGCUGCUCGCCGGCGCGGCCGCGGCGACGGAGGAGGCAUACGUCACGCUGCUCUACGGCGACGAGUUCGUCCUCGGCGUACGCGUCCUGGGCAAGUCCAUCCGCGACACCGGCACGCGGCGCGACAUGGUCGUGCUCGUCUCCGACGGCGUCUCCGAGUACUCGCGGCAGCUCCUCGAGGCUGAUGGUUGGAUCGUGAAGCGUAUAACUUUAUUGGCUAAUCCUAACCAAGUGAGACCAACGAGGUUUUGGGGUGUCUACACGAAGUUAAAGAUAUUCAACAUGACAAGCUACAAAAAAGUUGUUUAUCUUGAUGCAGAUACUGUAGUUGUAAAAAGUAUUGAGGAUGUUUUCAAGUGUGGGAAGUUCUGUGGGAACUUGAAGCAUUCUGAAAGAAUGAAUUCCGGAGUGAUGGUUGUGGAGCCAUCUGAAACUGUUUUCAAGGAUAUGAUUAGCCAAGUAGACCGGUUGCCUUCCUACACUGGAGGGGAUCAAGGUUUUCUUAAUUCGUAUUAUGCUGAUUUUGCUAACUCCCGCGUGUAUGAGCCAGACUCACCUUUAACACCUGAACCGGAGACACAGCGCCUUUCUACCUUGUAUAAUGCUGAUGUUGGUCUUUACAUGCUAGCCAACAAGUGGAUGGUUGAUGAGAAGGAACUUAGAGUUAUUCACUACACACUAGGUCCCCUUAAACCCUGGGACUGGUGGACAGCUUGGCUUGUAAAACCUGUGGAGAUAUGGCAGGAUGUUAGGCAAAAACUUGAAGAAUCUCUUCCGGGAACCGGUGGGGGAAGGAACCCUCAUGAUCAGCUGGUCGUCAAAUUUUUAUUCAUUCUUCCCUUCUGCCUGCUGUUAUUUGGUUAUUACCAAUCAUGCUUUCAGAACAAUAAGGAUUUUCCAAGUGUGCAGUCUUUAUGUGUGUUCGCUAGAAGAGGCCGUCAUAAGUACAAGUCUGAAGAGGCACUUCCAUCUUAUUCAGCAGUUGGUGUUUCAUCAUCUACAUUUUCGACUUCAAAUCAAAGAAUCUCUAACGGGCCACAUCUGAAGCUGCCUUCUUAUUUUGGGAUUAUGCCAUGGACAGGUCUGCUACUGAUGUUUGAGUGGACCUUCGUGGCAUUCUUCUUAUUGUUUGGUGGCUAUCUCCGUUUUGUCUAUCGAUGGGGAAGUAUCAGUGCAACUCAUGUGGGAUAUAGCAAUUCUGAUUCAUCAGAGAAUCACAUGAGUACAGGUCAUCAGCGCAAUAUAUCCGACUUUGACAUGGAGGCGACAUUUUACUGGGCAGGGAUGGCUGUCAUAGCUGUCAUUACUGUAUUUUCACCAACUAUCUUGGGUAUAACUGCAUUAUUUACAAAGCUAGGGUUGAUGGUUGCUGGCGGUGUUCUGCUGGCAUCUUUUAUGACGUAUGCUUCGGUGCAUCUUGCUAUCUCAGCCUUCCACAAGGGCCAGAAAGAUAGGAAUGCGUCGAGAACUAGAAGAAUUUGUUUUUGGUGUUUGUAG